ACACAAAGUAAAUGAAAAACUUUUAGGCGUGCCAGUGUCGGGGACCAUACAAAUUUUCAACUGUAUUGAUCUCAUUUGCCAAAUCCAGGACUUUAGACAACAAAUUAGUGUGCACCAUUGCAAAGUUCCAACACCUGCAGUCUUAAAAUGUUGGAUUUGGAAAUCGUACCAGAGUUGUCGCUUGGGUGUGAUGCUUGGGAAUUUGUCUUGGGCAUGCACUUUUCGCAAGCAAUAGCGAUCAUACAAUCUCAGGUGGGAAUUAUUAAAGGUGUGCAAGUACUCUACUCUGAUACGAACCCUCUUGGUGUGGAUAUCAUAAUAAACUUGCCGCAAGAUGGUGUUCGCUUGAUUUUCGAUCCCGUUGUACAACGUUUAAAGACCAUUGAAGUAUUCAAUAUGAAGUUGGUAAAACUGAAGUACGGUGGAGUACACUUCAAUUCCCCCGAGGUGCUGCCUUCCAUUGAACAAAUUGAGCAUUCCUUUGGAGCUACUCACCCAGGAGUAUACGAUGCAGCGAAACAACUAUUUGCGUUGCACUUUCGUGGCUUGAGCUUCUUCUUCCCCGUUGAUAGCAAGUUACAAGAAGGAUACGCACAUGGCUUAGGAUCUCUGAUUUUCUUAAGUGGAGCAUCGCCUGUGGUUUCGAAAAUGUCACUCUACUCCGGUAGUAACGUUUCUGAGACACGGGCUCCUCCGCUUCCACUCUCUUGUUACCAUCGGCAAAUCUAUCUAGAUUCAGUAACUGUCUUGCGCACGGCAAAUGGUUAUACCAAGGGUCUAAAACUGAAGCUCUUCACCGAGGGCUCCAGUCGCGCGAUGGAACAGCGGCGGCAGUGUUUUACAAGAGAAAUACUCUUUGGUGACAGUUGUCAAGAUGUAGCCCAGAAACUGGGCGCGCCUAACCGGAUCUUUUUUAAGAGCGAAGAUAAAAUGAAAAUACAUUCGUCGAGUGUAAAUCGACAAGCACAGAGUAAGCGCAGUGACACAUUUUUCAACUAUUUCACGCUUGGAAUAGACGUACUGUUUGAUGCUCGAACACAAACUUGCAAGAAAUUUGUUUUGCACACAAACUAUCCGGGACAUUUCAACUUUAAUAUGUACCAUCGUUGUGAAUUUAAGUUUAGUUUGAAUUCUGAUAAUGGAUUAGAUAUUAAUUGCGAUCGGAAUAUAACCGAUGAUAUAGAAGUUACUGCAUAUGCUAAGUGGGACGAGAUAAGUGCGGUAGUGCCAUCGGCUCGUCCGGUGGUGCUCCAUCGCGCCAGCUCAACAAACACUGCCAAUCCAUUCGGUGCAACCUUCUGCUACGGUUAUCAAGAUGUUAUAUUCGAGGUGAUGACAAACAACCAUAUCGCCUCGGUCACUUUGUAUAGCACGAUUCCACCGACAAAGCAAAUCGAACAGUCUUCUUAUCAGCAGCACAAAAUGCAGGACAUUCGUUUAACAGUUGCGUGAGAAAACACAACAACGAUUGAACAUCAGUCUUUGUCUAAAAACGAAGCGAUUUAAACUCGUAAAGAAUCUUAAAUGAGUUCAGUUCAAAAUAUGUUAUUUUUGAAAAGAUAUUUAUAAGCCAACAGAUAAUAGAAAUGUAUAACUGAAAAUAAGUGGUCACUGUAAACAUUAUGUAGCAAAUUUUACUUUUUAGCAUACCUAUUUAAAUUUUUAUUUACCAACAAGCAUUGCCAGCGAUAGGACGUUGGGGAAGAAGCAAUUGGCAAAAGAUGUAUAGUUUUGAAAAAAAAAAAAAAACAUAAUGUGUAAAAGUACAGCCAAAAUAGAUGGUUUUUAUUCACAUCACUUAAAUAUGCAUAUGUAUGUAAAUAUUUCUGUGAUUUUGUACACAUGGGAGUUUUUAUUUGGAUCCAAAGCCUAUAAUUUGUUGUUUAUUAUUAUUGCUUUCUUCCUUUGCCUUAAAGUCGCUCUAAUGUUGCCUAAUUGACUGUGGUCCGCAGCGCGAUCAUGGCUAUACAUAUGCAUGUAGUAUAUAUGUAUAAUUGUUCCAUUUUACAUCAAUUAUUAAACAAUUUUAUUUACUAUUGAACGCUUAUCGGCUAAAAUCGUUUAAAAGUUUGAAGACAUUGAAUAUGUGUUAAUAAACCAUACAUACAUACAUAAUAAUAUAUAAGUAAAUGUUUACGUAACAAGAGUAGAAUUAAAUUCAGAGAUCGCAAAUACCGGUUAACCGACAAAAUUUCUGUUUCACAUGCUUGCAUAUGUUGUUAAUGGACAAAGUUUCUCACUGUGCAAUACUACGCAUUCCUUUGUUUUUUUUUUUCUAAGUUAUAAUUUUUGAUAUGAAAUUAUAUACACCUGCGUACAGAUAAUCAGAAACAAUUUGUCUUUAUUGACAAUAAAUUUGUUCUUAAUUAAUUUUAAUUUAUUUUUUUACGAAAGUAUGUAUAGAUUAUGCUACAACGAAAACCAUAUAAGCCAAGGUUUCAUACCUUGUACAAAAUUAAAAAAAAAAUCCAACUAUUUUCAAAAAAUGGUCAUCAAAAUUGCAACCUUUUCAAUCGGUAUUUCAAAAAAAAAAAAAAUCGGAUGUGCAGUUUUAUAUUAUAGCUAAAGUGACCAUAUUUAUGCGAGCCGAAUACGUGACAAAACAUAAUUUUGCUAAUUGUUUCCAUAAAAGCUAACAGAUCUUAACACCUUCUUUAAUGAUCUUAGAAGUAUGUAUUAGCCCGGAACAGCGUCCUUAUAGUAACAUCACAAAUUUGUAGGAUAUCUUUCUGGAGAAUUUUACUCCACAAAAUUGUUUACAAAAGUUUCGUUAAAUUUUAGUACAAUAAAGUGAAGUUUUAAGUAGCUGGGACUUACCGUUAAUUUUUGGAAUUUUUUUUUUGUCGACGGCGCUACGCAUUUUUUUCAUACAAAGUAUGUUUGGCAAUUUGUUGAUAGGGAAGCAAAUGAGCUGCACGUUGCACUUGCACUUUAUUAUACUCAAUUUUAAUGAGCUACAAAACUGCAACCAAAUUUUUUUUUCUAAAGGU